AUGGCAUUCAAUAGAUGUUUAUGUUUUGUAUCAGCUUAUUGGAAUCAAGUUAUUUUUGAUAUGUGAGUUGAAUCAAGUUUAUGAGAAAUUUUCAUUAAUUUAGGAAAAACUUAAUAUUCCUCAUCAUAUUUGCUAUAUCAAUUUCAAGUAUCGCAACUUUUAAAAGCAUCGAAACUUCUGAAAUCGAGCGCAAUUAUUAUAACUUGGUUGGAUUUAUUGAUAUAAACAAAAUAACCGGGUAUAAAACUCUUAUAGCUAGAAUAUUUUAUAUAUUCCCAUUGGGUUCAACAAUUUUCUACAUUGUUCUAUUCAUAAAAUUGAGACAAAAAUCGAAAUUAGUUAUGAUGUCUACAAGAAAAGUUGAGCAAAAAGUGUUUGCUCAACUGCUAGUUACGGCAAUUUUAUAUGGAUUGAUGUCUAUUUUUUUUUGA